AUGAUAGCAAUACAGAGUCUGGAUGAGGCACACUUACACGCGUGUCACUAUUUUCGAGAUAUAAUUAGCCGCCUAUAUGAAACUUCCUUUCCCGCCUACGUGAUCAUGUCACACCAUGAGGAGCAUCAAUGUCACCGGGCUCUUAAUAUGAGAGGCUAUAAUAUCCUUGCCCUCUUCAACAAGCUCGCUAGCUCUCCAGACGCUCCACAUCCCGGCAGUUAUAGGUUCUUCUCUUUACAGCUAGACCUACUACAUAUCUGUUGCGGCAAUAUUCUAUUCCAAUGGAUAGACGGAGUCAGGACUGAAACUAUAACACGAGGCCCUCCUCUGCAAUCUCCAACUGGAAAUUCAAUUUUGCGAAUGAAACUCCAGGAUGUUUGUUCAUUCCUUUUUAGUAAUACUGCUAGUAUACAAAGCAGGAAACUAAAUUUUGGCUUCAACUAUAACCCAAAUAUUAUCGGGCCAUUAUAUUAUAUUGCUGCUAUGUCAAGGAACCCGAUUAGAAGAAGCGAAGCUUUUGAUUUAUUAAAAAGUGUUAAUGAUAAUCACCAUAACUGCUGGGACAUUGUAGUUUUGAAACAACUUUUAAAUAUAGUUCUUAAAGCAGUUGUGUAA